CGGCGGAGGGCGGGAGGGAGGGAAGGAGGUGGCAGGCCCGGCCCCGGUCGCAGCGCCCCGGGCGGCUCCUCCUCGAGCCUGGGACCGCCGCGCUCCCGCCGCCGCCGCCGCCGCGCGCUGGCGUGACUCCCGGCCCGCGCCGCGCCCUCCCGCGUCUGCGCCCGACUCGGCUUCCUGCCCGCCCAGACGUCGCCUCUCCCGGGCUCCCGGUGUCGGCUCCGCGCGGAGAGAGGAAAUGAGUGCGGCGGCCUCGCCGGCGCCCGAGCGGGGUUGGAAGAGCGAGAAACUAGACGAGGCUCAGGCCCUGGCGCGGAGUUGCGCCGCCCGCAGACCCGACUUCCAGCCGUGCGACGGGCUGUCCAUCUGUGCCACGCACAGCCAUGGCAAGUGCUUCAAGCUGCACUGGUGCUGUCACCUAGGAUGGUGUCACUGCAAAUACAUGUAUCAGCCUAUGACCCCUGUGGAACAGCUUCCAAGCACCGAGAUUCCUGCCAGGCCUCGGGAGCCCACAAACACCAUUCAGAUCUCAGUCUCGCUCACUGAGCACUUUCUGAAAUUUGCAUCUGUCUUCCAGCCUCCCCUGCCGCCUGAUUCACCAAGGUACUGUAUGAUCUCAGACCUCUUUAUUGACAACUAUCAGGUUAAAUGUAUUAAUGGGAAGAUGUGUUAUGUGCAGAAGCAGCCGGCGCUACAUUCCCACAAAAUGAGCCCUGAGGAGGUCUCUGCACACGAUGCCUUAAUUUCAAAAGAGAGCAAUACACCAAAAAUAGAUCACUGCUCUUCUCCCUCAAGUUCUGAAGACUCUGGGAUCAAUGCGAUCGGGGCCCACUACGUGGAAUCGUGUGACGAGGACACAGAAGAAGGAGCAGAACUGAGUUCAGAGGAAGAUUACAGUCCAGAGAGCAGCUGGGAACCGGAUGAGUGCACCCUUCUCUCCCCCUCGCAGUCUGACCUGGAAGUGAUUGAAACCAUAGAAACGACCGUGUGAGAGUCCAGCCAGGAAGCCACAGCCUGGGACCACGCCCAGCUUUUGUACCUCUGUCUGAUGGAUCCUUUUUUCCAAUGAUAUUUUCUACCCACCCCACCCCCCAACAACUGUAGCAGUUUGGUGGUAUGCUGAUUAGCUUCUCUCAGUCUUACAACUAAGACAUUUUUUAUUAUAAAUGGUUUUCUUUUA